UUUGUGCUCUGUUAGCUUCCUCUGUUUUCAGUUCAUUGCUUUUCUCCUUUUAGUCCCAUACACAACUCUUCUUUUUUUCUUUUUCAGCUUCCUUUGUUUUCAAAAUAAAAAAGAAAAUGGGUGGAAGUUCCCCUUGUGCCUCAUGCAAAUUGCUGAGACGCCGUUGCACAAAAGAUUGCACCUUCGCUCCUUAUUUUCCUUCUGAUGAUCCCCAAAAGUUUGCCAUAGUUCACAAGGUUUUUGGAGCUAGCAAUGUUAGCAAAAUGUUGCAGGAACUUCCAGUUCACCAGAGAGCAGAUGCAGUGAGUAGUCUAGUGUAUGAGGCAAAUGCAAGAGUGAGGGACCCUGUGUAUGGUUGUGUUGGAGCCAUAUCCUACUUGCAAAAUCAAGUUUCUGAGCUUCAAAUGCAACUUGCAGUUGCUCAAGCAGAGAUAUUCUGCAUCCAGAUGGAACAUGAGUCAGUGAUGCCAACCUCAGAAAUUGAUCUAGACCACAAGUCUUACUUGUUCCAAAAUGACUUCACUCAGUUUCUUGGUUUUGGCACUUCCAGCAAUGUAAUUCACAACUCUCUUGAGCAAUUUUAGCCAAGACAUGGUUUCUUGAAUGAAAAUUGCUCACAUGGUUUGGUUUCUAUUAGCCCAUUGUUUGUCCAUUUUUAAUAGUUCAGAAAAUUUUAUUUCAUACAUCUGUGAGCUUUUUCUACUUAGCCAGUAAGGAGAUUUCUAAGGUUGACUUUUGUAUUUGAUUGAGUAAACAAGUAACUUGGUACUUGUAUGUUAAUGCAGCAAGUAAGGACAAAAUCGGUGGUUGUUUUAAAAAAUGUCAAACAUUCUGAUAAUUUUAUAU